AUGACCCGCAAAUACCUUGGGACGAGUGGUCGAGCGCUGACUGUUUGGAUUUCAGUCGCUGCCUCGACUGUGCUGGUGUUCUACGGCUACGACCAGGGCGUCUUCGGCAAUGUUCUCGUCAACCAGGACUUUUUACGGACCAUGUCGCACCCCUCGACGGGCAUGCAGGGCAAUCUCACCUCCGUCUACAAUCUAGGGUGUUUCGUCGGCGCCCUAUCGACCAUUUGGGUUGGAGAUUGGCUCGGAAGACCGAACACUAUUCUCACCGGGAGCAGUAUCAUUGCGAUCGGAGGUCUCCUUCAAGCGACCAGUUACUCUGUCCCGCAGAUGAUGGCCGGCCGCAUCGUCGCGGGCUCUGGAACAGGCAUGAACACGGCCACGGCGGGCGUGUGGCAGGCAGAGACAAGUCAGAUGAACAGCCGCGGAAAGCUGAUUGUCAUUCAAAUGGCUAACUGUAUCUUCGGGGUGGUCGUCUCCAAUUUCUUGACACUGGGCUUUGCUUUUGCGCCUGGUUCUGUUGCCUGGCGGUUUCCCUUGGCUUUUCAGAUCUGCUUCACUGUGUUAGUGUGGUGCAUGUGUCCCUUCCUACCGGACUCUCCUCGUCUCUUGAUUCGCAAAGGUCGUGACCGUGAAGGGCUAGAGGUCCUUGCUGCGUUGGCCGGAGGCGGAGCCACAUCAGCCAGUGAAGAAGUGCAGUCGCAGUACCGCAUUAUCAAAAAAGUUCUGGAGCGCGAGCAGGCAUGCACCUAUAAAUGGUACACGAUACUAGCUGGCAAAGGCCCCGCCGGACUGCUUCGACGCAUGAUUCUCGGUGCCUGGAUGCUGGCCAUGACUCAAUUGAGCGGCAUCAACAUCACGAGUUACUAUAUGACAUAUGUCUUUGAGAACGCUUUGCAUUUCACGACUUUGCGCUCGCGUAUCCUCUCUGCCGCUGGUUCGAUUGUCUACUUCGUCUUUUCGUUGUUGGCAUAUUUUAUCAUUGAGCGCUGGGGCCGACGCACCGUCAUCAUAAUCUCUUCUUUUGGCUGUGCUAUUUGCUGGAUCAUGAUCGCCAUUAUGCAGGCGCUGGUUGUAUCUGAACCCUCCGACUCCACGGCAUACAACACGGUCGCGGUGGUGUUCUUCUUCGUGUUCUGGGCGGCAUUCGGCUUGGGACUUCUGCCGGUGCCAUGGAUAUAUCCGACGGAGAUCAACGCUCUGGAGAAACGCACAGUUGGCGCGGCACUGGCAGUGUGCACCAACUGGAUACUUAAUUAUAUGGUGGCCGAGGUGACGCCGCUUGGCAUUGCCAAUCUCGGAUGGCGGUUCUGGGUCAUCUGGGCUGUUAUCUGUGCAAGCUUUAUUCCGAUUGUUUACCUUUUCUAUCCAGAAACUGCCAACCGCAGUCUGGAGGAUAUCGAUAAGUUCUUCGAGACUAAACCUGGGAUUUUUGUGCAUCGCAACAAGCUGGCCGUGCAGCUGCAGCGGCCAGCGAUGUUUGAGGAAGAAGAUGCUCGUGUUGCUCAAGGGAUUGAGAAAGAUGGCCUGAAUGCCGUCGUGGAGCAUGAGGAGAAGGUUGUCUGA